AUGUCUGACAACGUAUUCCUCUCAUCGUCUAAAAUACCGUCGAUUGAGUCGUCGACUGGUAUUUCUGACGACUUAGAUCUCGGGCCCAUCAGAGACCCCCUGACGACUGUCAUCCCAAUGACAAUAGUUUACGCUCUCAUACUAAUCACCGGAGUUAUCGGCAAUUUCAUAACAUGUCUGGUGAUCGCAAGGAACCGGUACAUGCAUACGGCCACCAACUACUAUCUGUUCAGUUUAGCCAUAUCUGACUUACUGCUACUUGUGUUGGGUUUGCCUCAAGAGAUAUACCAGUUAUGGCAGAAGUAUCCGUACGCUUUCGGCGAAGUGUUUUGUGUGAUCCGUGGACUCACCUCCGAGGCGUCCACCAACUCAUCCGUACUGACAAUCACCGCAUUCACGAUCGAGAGAUAUGUAGCCAUUUGUCACCCAUUGAAAGCCCAUACGAUGUCAAAGUUGUCGCGCGCCGUCAAGCUUAUCAUAAUCAUGUGGAUUCUGGGGAUCGUAUGCGCCCUUCCCAUCGCCUACCAGUUCGGUAUAGUCUAUGACUUCAAUAACGAGCGACUGGUCCCGGAAUCUGCCGCCUGUUCUAUAAAGCGGACGAUUCCUUACUUUAAUGAACACACGUUCACUAUAUCCUCAUUACUAGUGUUUGUAAUCCCAGUGACAAUCAUAUCAGUGCUCUAUAUGUUAAUCGGUUUGAAACUCAGAUAUUCUGCUGCCGUCAGAAACAAACAAAUAGCGGCUAAUAAUACCACAGAUACAGAGGUGAAUCACCGUAAUGGGUCUGGGUACUAUAAAUACCAGUCCACUAAGAGACCGCACGACUCGAAGAAUUCGUCCAACGGUUCCAAUAGUUUGUCUCAACGGAGAGCUGUCAUCAAAAUGUUAACUAUUUAA